GGCAUGUAAACAAAUCUUUCAAUUCUUCGCUAGUUGAUUAAAAAAGGCACCAUUCAUAUUGUUUUCCUGAAUUUUUCUCACGUAAUUGUUAAAAACUCUGUCAGUCUUGUAGUGAAAUUAUGUCUCGUACAGAGCGCAUUAAACGAAUGGAGUUGCUCUCUGAUUUGGGCAUAAGAAUGGAUGGGAGACGUCCUAAUGAAGUGCGGAAGAUCGCAUGUAAAAUGGGUGUAUCUGAUGGAGCAGAUGGAUCUGCUUACUUUGUUCAAGGGAAUUCUCAAGUUUUGGUCACAGUUUACGGGCCACAUGAAGUAACUGGAAGAAGUCGGCCAUUGAGUGACAAAGCUGUAAUAAACUGCCAGUAUCGAAUAGCUCCUUUCAGUGGCAGAGCUAGAAAAGCCAUUUCCCAUUCAGAUCGAAAAUUGCAGGAGCAGACUGUUAUCUUGAGACAAGCAUUUGAAGCUGCAAUCCUUACUAAUCUCUUUCCUAAAUCUCAAAUUGAUAUUUCUUUCUUGGUUCUUUAUCAAGAUGGAGGCAUUUGCAGCACAUGUAUAAAUGCUGGCACUUUAGCUUUAAUAAACGCAGCUAUACCUAUGAAAGAUUAUUUAUGUGCAUGUUCGGUUGGAUUUGUGAAAGAAACUCCAUUGAUGGAUGCAACUCAUUUUGAAAGUUUAUUUGGAAGAACUGAAUUAAAUUUAGCUAUACUCAGUAAAUCAGAAGAAAUCGUCUGUGAUGAAAUCACUGCUCGGUUACAUAAGGACCACAUGAAAAAAAUUCGUCGGCUCGCUAUUAAAGGUUGCAAAGAUAUGCAUGCUGUGUUAGAUUCUGCUGUGCGAAAGCACGUUGCACAAACACGACACUCGUGAAAAGAUC